AUGGCCGAGAUUGUGAAGCCCGUCGUCAGUGCUGACGACGGCAUUGCUGAUGAGAACAAUCGUAUCUCCGGUACCAAGCUUCAGGAGAUGGACGUGGCGCACCGGGAGAACGCCGUUGGAUACACAGAGUACCUCGAAGCUCUCGACAUUGAGAUUUCCGACAAAGAGAUACGAAAGCUCCGAUGGAAGCUUGACCUCACAAUCCUCCCCAUGUUCCUCAUUACACAAGCGUUGCAGUUCAUGGACAAAACUUCCCUGAACUAUGCGAAUCUGUUCGGGUACCAGACGGCGCUCGGCCUCAAGGGUCAAGAAUUCAACAAUCUCUCCGCCAUGGUUUAUGCCGGGUAUUUCUUCGGCCAGUAUCCUUGCGGUUGGCUAAUCGGAAGAUAUCCCGCUCAGAAGGUCAUGGCGGUCAGUGUGCUCCUCUGGGGCCUCAUGGUCAUUCUCAUGACCCAGAGCCGGACUUACUCAAGUGCCUUGGGCGUUCGAUUCAUUAUGGGCAUCUUUGAGGCUGCUGUAACGCCCGGAUUAACUCUCACGACUGGGUUCUGGUAUACUCGUAGAGAGAUACCACUUCGUCAAUGCAUCUGGUACUCUUCUCUAGGAUGGGGUGGCAUUAUCGGAUCGUACAUAUCCAUGGGGGUCUCGAAGCUGCCCGUUGACAUGAAGCCAGAACGAUGGGAGCUUAUCUUCUACGUUCUUGGCGGUGCCACCUGCCUGUGGGCAUUCGUCAUAUGGUUCCUCCUCCCCGAUUCGCCGGCCAACGCUCGAUUUCUCAGCCACCGUGAGAGGCUGAUUGCCAUCAAACGAGUCGCCGGGAACGAAACGGGCAUCAAGAAUAAGGCAUUCGACAAGAAGCAAGGACUUGUGGGCUUCUUCGACCCCAAAACUCUGUUGCUCUUUACUUCCGUGUUUGCAGCAGCUAUCCCCAAUGGCGUCGUCAACUCCUUCUCGACAAUCAUCAUCCGCGACAUGGGCUUCGACACCACGACGACAACCCAACUCAAGUCCGUCGGAGACGCGGUACAAAUCGUCGCACUAUUGAUCGGCGGGACCAUCAUCCUGAAUGUUCCAAACUCCCGCCUGAUCACCGCUUCCGUCGCGAACAUGCUGUGCACUAUAUCAGCAGCUUGCAUGGCCUACCUCCCGCAAUCCAACACGUGGGGCAGGCUCGUGGCUUUCUGGCUGGUCAACACGCAGUCUGUCGGCUUCACCGUCUCCCUCACGACCAUUUCGUCCAAUAUGGCCGGCUACACCCACCGAUCUCUCGCCAGUGCCAUGGUGUUUACCGCUUACUGUUGGGGCAACUUUGCCGGGCCGUUCGUCGUGAAGCCAUCCGAAGCCCCUCACUUCCGCGGCGCCACCAUCGGCUUGCUCGUCGGCUACGCCAUCAAGUUCGUCUGCCACCUCACCCUUCUCGUGUACAUGUUCUCCAUGAACCGGUACCGGAACAAGAAGUACGGCCCGCCGAAUAAAGAAAGCAGCAACGAAGCUGGGAUGAGAGAUCAGACGGAAUUUGAGAACAAGGAUUUCAGAUACGUGCUUUAG